CGGGAGAUAAUGCCCUGGGCCAAAGUCAGAGGCUCCAUAUUUCGAGACUUAGAAGUGUCACCCCGACUCCUUUUAAAGCGCUUGCACUCCUCAGGACUGUUGCCUGGGAGGCAGGAGCUAGAGCGCAGGCGCGAGAAGCAGGUGGGGCAGGGCCCCGAGGAAGCCUGCACUUAUUGGUUGGUGGGAGGAACUCGCCAGGGCUGUCGUUGCGGAUUGGCUGCUACGUGGAGGCCCCCUCUCCCCGUUCCGGUAAGUUGGCGGGCAACCGCGCCGCCGCCAUGGCGACUGGCGAGCGGACGGCGGUUCCCUCUCUGUGGCCCGUAGAGGCCCGGUUGGCGGCGCUGCUUCCCGACCUGCUGGUGUUCAGGAAGCCCCGAGGACCGGAACCCGAGCUCGCCACGGCCCAGGGCGUCCUCCUUGGCGUCCACGUGACGGGGUUUACAGCAUUAAUGGACAGGUUCAGCCUGACCUGCAAGUCGGAACAUGACAUGGACAAACUGGCCCACAUCUUCAGUUAUUACAUUAGUGACAUCGUGGAGCAUGUGCUGUGUUUUGGAGGAGAUAUCCUAAAUAUCACAGGGAAUGUGCUCCUAGCACUCUGGACGGUGAAACAGAAUCAACUGAGUGACAUCAUUACCUUGGUGGCAAAAUGCAGUCUGGAGAUACAGGAGAAAUUUGGGAUCUACCAUACCAAAGAAGGCCAGGACCUGCAGCUAAAGAUAGGUCUGUCUGCAGGUCAGAUCUCCCAGGUUAUUGUUGGAGAUGAGCAACGACAGUACCUCUUGGUGGUUGGGCAGGAUGUAGAUGAUGUCCAGUUAGCUCAGCGUUUGGCUCAGGCAAAUGAGAUUGUCUUGUCCUGGAACUGCUGGAAGCUCUGUGAGCAGUACAUGUUUGAAGUGGAAAUCAUGAGGGAGGAUGAAGCUGUGAAGUUAAGAGAUAUGCGGAUCAUUGACCCAUUUGAUUUUGCUGAGCAUUUUGACAAGUGCCUCGAUUACCUGCCACAUUACCAGACAAGUGCUGAUACUUUAAGGACUGCCCUGGAUUUGGAUCCAGACUCUGCACUUGAACAAACCCUGCGGAAGCACAUAAUGAAAAACCUUUUGGAAAAGAUUGAUGAAGGGCAGCCUACGGAGUAUGUAUCCGAAUUCCGUACCGUGACUAUGGUUUUGGUCAGCCUAGAGUUCCACAAGUCAGCAUGGGUGUUGCAUUUGUGUCAUCUUAUCCAGGAGGCUGCCCUGUACAUCUCCACAGUCAUAGAGAAAGGGGGUGGCCAGCUGAGCCAGAUCUUUAUGUUUGAGAAAGGCUGCAUGUUCCUCUGUGUUUUUGGCCUUCCUGGGGAUAAGAAGCCAGAUGAGUCCGCACAUGCCCUGGAGAGCUCCUUCAGCAUCUUCAGCUUCUGCUGGGAGAAGCUUGCUGAGACCAAGCUUGUUUCCAUCAGUAUCACCAAUGGACCAGUAUUCUGCGGUGUGAUUGGGGCAGUAGCAAGACAUGAAUAUACAGUUAUUGGCCCAAAGGUGAGCCUUGUGGCCAGAAUGAUAACUGCUUAUCCAGGUUUGGUGUCCUGUGAUGAGGUAACAUAUCUAAGAUCCAUGCUACCUGCUUACAACUUCAAGAAGCUCCCAGAGAAAAUGAUGAAAAACAUCUCCAACCCGGGGAAGAUGUAUGAAUACCUUGGCCAUAGAAGAUGUAUAAUGUUUGGGAAGAGACAUUUGGCCAGAGAGAGAAAUAAAAAUCACCCUUUGUUAGAUCGGGAAAAAGAACUGGAAGCCUUUCGAAUGGCACAGCAGGGGUGUUUGCACCAGAAGAAAGGGCAUGCAGUUUUGUAUGAAGGUGGAAAAGGCUAUGGCAAAAGUCAGCUGUUGGCUGAAAUAAACUUCCUGGCCCAGAAAGAAGGACACAGGGUGUUGCCAUUGAAGCUGAAGGAAACAGAUUUCAAGCAGUGCUUCUAUGCCAUCCAGACCCUCAUGGCCAUCUUCUUUGAGAUUGACACAUGUCCAGCCUAUUACCGCCAGGAGUGCCUACACAAACAGCUCUGUGGGAUGGUGGAGGAACCUCUUCACUGUCUUUUUAAUGACCUCUUCUUUGUGAAGUUUCCCUUAUCCUUCAAAGUUUCGCACAUGGAUGACCUGACCAGACAAAAGAAGGUUAAGGCAUGUUUUUUUCAAGUGCUCCAGGAGGCAGUGAGGGAAACACCGCUGAUUUUCCUCAUUGACGAAGCCCAAUAUAUGGAUGCAGCUUCCUGGGAGUUUUUGGAAACAUUGCUCUCCUCUGUGCCCAUCAUCAUGGUGAUGACAUUGACCCCUACCAUCACCCUGUGUGACUGUGCCCAGCACUUCCUGCAGAACUCUCAAGCUGUCCUUGUGCCCAUUUUGAAGUUGGCAGCGACCUCACUGUUGAGAAUGGCAUGUUGGGAACUGGGGGUGGUGAGCAUCCCCCAAGAGCUGCAGAUCUACCUUCUUCACAGGUGCUUUGGAAACCCCCUCUACUGUGAGGUCUUAUGCCAGGACCUUCUCUCUAAAGACAUAUUGGUCUUUCAUGAUCUCCAAAAGGAGGAGGAGAACAGCAAGUGGGAGACCCUCUCAGCCAAUGCCAUGAAAUCCACAAUGUACAGCAUUCCUCCUGCUGGCUCUGAAGACCAGGAACUUUAUAUCUGCACAGUCAAGGAUGAUGUGAACUUGGAUACUGUGCUUCUCCCACCAUUAUUAAAAGAAAUCGCAGUAAACCAGCUGGAUCAAUUAAGCCCAGAGGAGCAGUUGCUGGUUAAGUGUGCUGCAGUCAUUGGUCACUCCUUUCAAAUAGAUCUAUUGCAGCACCUCCUGCCUGGCUGGGAUAAAAAUAAGCUGCUUCAGGUGCUGAAGGUUCUUGUGGAUAUUCAUGUGUUCCUCUGGUUCAACAAGAGUCAAGAGCUUCCUGCCGAGUCAAUAUUAGUGCCUUCCUCUAUCAAGAUUAUUGAACAAACCAAAGAGGAGAAGAAGAAAAAGUCCGAUGCUGACUCUCCUCUCAGUCCACAAGAGGAACUAUCCCUAUCUCAGACAGAGGUGCUAGAAUUUGGAGUGCCGCUCUUACGGGAAGCCGCGUGGGAGCUGUGGCCCCGGGCACAGCAGAUAGCCCUGCACCUCGAAUGUGCCUGCUUUCUCCGAGACUUGGCCUGCCGCUGCGGGAACUGUCAUGGCGGGGACUUUGUCCCCUUCCACCGUUUUGCCAUCUGUUCUACUAAGAGCUGCAGUGGGACCUCCCGGUUCUGUAGUUACAAAGAUACUGGCUCAGUACUAACACAGGUGAUCACAGACAGACUGCAGCUGCCUUCUCCCCAAGAUAGUUUUCAGUUCCAGACAAAAGAAUGCAGAAGUCAGGAGGCCUUCACACGUGAACACUGCAGAACAGAGGAAGAGUUCCUGGAUCAGGUGAACAGGAAGCUGGCUCACACCAGCCCCGAGAAAGACGUGUUGACCACAAAGCCCUGUCACUGUGAGGAAAUCCUGAAGUUAGUGCUCUCACCCCUCACCCGGCAUUGCCUGGUCAUCGGAGAAGCCACAUGUGCGUUUUAUUACCUGCUGGAGACCGCCGCUGCCUCCUUGGACCUGUCAGAUAAUUACAUGGCCUUCUUUUAUUUGAGGAAGGCAAGCAGUCUUCUGGGCCAGCCUUCAGCCUUCUCGUUUUUGAAAAAGCACAAGGUGAAGAUCUGUCAGUUUGAGGAGGCCACUUUCUGCUGUCUUCGGUCAGAGGUAUGUUUCAACAUGGGACAGAUCACCCUAGCCAAAAAAUUGGCCAGGCAAGGCCUUCAACUGCUGAAAAGGAGUUUCCCUUGGACCUGGUUUGGUGUUCUUUUACAAACAUUCCUGGAAAAAUACUGGCGUUCCUGUUCCCUCAGCCGAUCUCCAGGCAACCCUAGUGAGAAUAAGAAGAAGCUGGCAGUCCUGCAGCAGCGGGUGCGCUGUCUCUCCCUGCUCUGGCAGCUCUACAACCUGGAGACCACGACCAGCAGCCGCAGGUUCGCCGGCCUUGCCACUCUUAUGCAGAAGAACUCUGCUGAGGAGUUGGCAAGCGGAGCCCCGGUUGUCUCUACCUAUGUGGCCCUGUCCCAAUUCUCCCAGAAUAUGGGUGACAGGGACAGGUGGCUGCACUGUGAGCAGGUGGCCAUUCAGAAGAGCAGCCUAUGUUGGUUCUCCAGGGAGGGACUGUUGGCCACGGCCCAGCUCAUGCAGGCCUUGGCCUAUACCAAGCUCUGCCUCGGCCAUCUCGACUUCUCCAUCAAGCUGGGUUUUCAAGCUCGUGAGAUAUGCAAACACCUCAAGAAACCAGCUCUGGAGACUCUGGUUCUCUCAGUUCUCUUCAGAUCUGCAUUUCUGAAGAAAAAAUUUGACCUGUGUGUCCAUGUGCUGGAGAGCCAGUGGGUGCUCAUUUCCCAGGGUCAUGAUGUCCUUGGCCUGGCCUGCUUCUAUUCUGCUUGCUUAGAUCUGCUGCUCUAUGGAAAAGGAUUCCUAUGUCGGCCCUUCGGCGAGUGUCUGCAUUUCAUUCAACGCUAUGAGCACAGCUGCAUUCUGAACUCUCAGAGUAAUGUCAUGCUGGGGGUCCACUCGUCUCUGGCCAUGUGGUUUGCCCAGAACUCUCAGUGGAAUCUGUUUGAGCAGCACUUCUCCAAAGCUCACCAGUUGGUGAAAAGAACCAAUGCCUCACUGUUUGGUGCACAUGGCUUUGUCCGAUUCCUAGAGUGCCAUGUGCUGAUGUUACAAAAAAUGCCAGAAGAUGUCUUCAUGCAUACUCUCCCAGAGACUCGCAGCCAAGCCCUCAAGUACUUCAAGGAGUUCUUCUCUAGAUGUGUGACCUGCCCCGUCUAUCACCAGUGGGUCUCUGAGCUUAAAGCCUCUGUAAUGAGAUCUGGAAAAGGAGAAUCCAUGUCCUUGACUGACAUCAUCAGACCUUUUGACACCUGCUUGACCAGGAUUUGGAUAGAGGGAGAAUUCCUGGAGGAAAACAACUCCUUUGGAGGAAAUUUAGGAAUACAGAGAUUUGACAGAGUGGCUGAUGUCAGGGAGAAUAAAGAUGAAGAAGAAAUUCAAGAAUGUAUAUGUUAAAAAAAAAUCAUUUGAAGGGACCAUUGUUCUCUUGUAUAUAACACAAAGAAAUGAUCCAAGUUCUCCUUUUUAAGAUACUGGACAGUGUAUGUAUUAAAUACACUAGCCGUUUACACUCACCACUAUCUAUAUCUUUGUCAAAAUAAAAGCCUAUGUUUCUGAAGCA